GCCGCCGCCGACGACCGAACGCGCUCCGUGACGCCGCCGUCACGGCGCGGCGGCAGCCCUUCGUCGCGGUCGCCGCGCCGCCACGGCCACCAGUUGUCAUCCAUGCCGUCGCCAGCGAGCACGCCGAGCGCGCAACCGAGAAGACGCCGCCGCCGCCGUGACCAUCAUCAUCCGCAAAACCGACUGCUGCAGCCGUACCACAGCGCUGAACGCGGUGCCGUCGUAUCGCUACCAGCCGACACCACUACCAGUUCGCUGUCGCCGGUGGCCCUAGCCACCGCCGCCUCCGUAGCUUCCAACUCCGCCACCACGGCAUCCUCCACGGCGUCCGUCGUGGCCGCCGCAAUGGCGAUCGCCAACGAGACCAACAUCGAUCUCAUAAUGAUCAACAAAAUCAAACAACACCAGGUGCUGUACGACACGGACGAGGACCAGUACAAGUACAUCGACAAGAGGGACAAGGCUUGGAAGGAAGUGGCAGACGAACUCGGCAUGCCGGUUAAUGAUGUCAAAUUGCGCUGGAAACGUUUACGCGACAAUUUCCGAGUGUCCAUCAAACGCACCAAAGGAUUGAAUCUCAAGCCCGGUCUGCCGUUCGUCGAGGGCAAGCCGUGGAAGUAUCAAAGAGAGAUGGAAUUUCUCUUGCCCUUUAUGCAAAUCGGAGGGUAUUCCUUGAAGAAAAUGCUGAACUUGGAACACUCACCUAACCAGGACUACUCGAGCGUGUACGGCGACGACUGCAAGACGGAAGGGUCGUCCAGCCCGUACAACAACAUGUCGUACGAGUACGACGAGAUGAACGAACCCCGGGUGGAGGUGAAAGAGAUGGCGGGCAAUUACUCAAACGACGAGGGGGGCGUGGACGACGAGCUCCUGUACCCCGACGUGGAGAUCCUGAGCAACGGCAAGCACGAACCCUUGCACCGUGUCGCGAAGCGCGUCAAGCGGUCGGCCGAAGCCGCCGCCGCGGCUGCGGCCAAGGAGGCCGACUCGUCCGCCCAGCUCAAGCUCAACCAACACCACAUGAACCACUACUACCACAUUCAGCAGCAACAGCACAGCCACGCCAAGGUGCAUCCCGUCGACCUGUUCUUCUACAGCAUGGCCGAGACGACCAAGGGCCUGCCUCAAGCGUACCAGGCGGAGAUCAAGCGCCGCGUGCUGGAGAUCGUGAUUAAGGCCGAAGAAGAGAUGAACAAAAACAAAAACUACGAAUGAGUGUCGUCGCGUACGAUCGAUAUCUCUACCUCCUCUCUUGCUCUCUCCUCUCCUCUCUCGCACAACGAACAAACCUUUUUCGUUUUUGUACCAUUCCAACUUUUUUUAUUGUAUACAUUAUAUUAUUAUAUAUGUCCCGAAAACUCGAAAUUUUUUGUUCGAGUUGUUGGUCGUUUGUGGCUCUCAUAUUUAUUUUACAAUCAAAUCGCUUAAUUUAUUAUUAUAAUGUAUAUGAUUAUUAUUCUGUUUGGUGUAAUUCCAACGACUUAAUGUUACGGUUACCGAACGGUCGUGAUAAUAGAUAUCCUGAAACGUCCAACGUCAAUUAUUAUUACACAUCACUUAUUAGAAUUAAGGGAUAAUUAUUUCUAUUAUUAUUAUUAUUAGUAUUAGUAUUUUUGACUCGUGGAGAUAAAUGACGAGAAUAUAUUAUAUAUUUUUUUUUACUAUAUAUAACGUGAAUGCAGGAAAGCACUCUGAAAUACAUUUUUUAUAAAACAUUCCGAAUUUUGCCACCAAAUUGGCUUUGUGAUAAUAAUAAUGUGUUAAAUAAUUAGUAACUAUGACUAUAUUAUUAUAUAAGUUAUGCAUUCCAUUGUAGCGUACCUAUAUACAGUGUAAUUAUAUAUUAUUAGUGUAAGUCUGAAUAUUUCAUAUCUAUUUAGGUUAUGUAAAGAUAAUCAUAUUUUUGCUCAAACAGACUCUGCCUGUGCAGACUAUGUGUGUACCGAUUUUUUGUGUACAAAAUCAAUUUACAUAAAAUAUAGACUUAUAAUAAGUACGAACACUAUACCAUGACAGUCUUAUUAUUAUUAUUGUUUUUUUUUUUUUUUUUUAUAUAUUAUAUAAGUGUGUCGCAAAAGCAAUCGUUGUAAAUAAAAAAAACUAUUGAUAUGAAA